AUGGCUGCGCAUACCAACGCAUACACCUCAUGCUUUACUCAGCCUUGGUUGUCCGCCUCCGCAUCUCGCCGCGAGGAUAGCAUACGCGAACUCUACAGCGCCCUUCGAGGGAUACGACAGUGCUGGGACACCUCAUCUGCAGAACUGAUCCAGGAAGGGGUCCAGCACCUCCGACUCGCCAAGAAGCAUCUCCGCACCCGACCACUUGACAUCGUUCUCCAAUCUCCGCCCAAAGAUGUUCCCCUCGACGUCUAUAUAGCGUUGCCUUCCGGAAAGACUAUGAUCUCCGCGCUCAUUACGAUCCCGUAUUUGCGCCGAACUGUGGUCAUCGGGAAAGGCGCAUACAGCCGCAUGUGGCCAUUCGACGAAUCAAUCUGGACCUUCCUGCUUCGCUGGGCGGACUACUUGCUCCCUCUCGAAGGCGAUUGCGCUCUCGAUUCAUUGAUGAAGAUUCGCGAUUUCGAUGUCACAGACAAACUUGUUAGUACAGUUCUAGGAAUCUUCGAGUGCAUCGCUAGUCUUCCCAAGUCGGCCGCUCGAAAGCACUUCACGAGCCAUAGUAACAGGGCUCUACACACCCUCACUUGCCUCUGGGCGCAGUGGCCAAAGAUUCUCAAGGCACACCACAUCACUGUCGCUACGGUUAUCAACUUCCCGACUCUGUUCGCCGACUUCUGGCAAGUCUUCGAACCCGAUACCGCCCACGAUCUCAUUGGCACGCGAAUACUGCGCUUGAAGAAAUACAAUUUAAGGAAGUUACUGCGUCUCUGCACCGCACACCUACGCAUGCUGUCCAGGGCGAGCGACUACGUGUCUCUCCCGCCCUUGAACUCGGCUCUGGUCGCUAGCGAGGUGUCUGUCAUGCGAGAACUUCUCCAUGGAUACACCUUCGGAACCCGGACGCUCUCUCAUUCGUUUGUCUCGGCGCUCGUCACAAUUCUGGACGAUACUCUCCGCCACUCUCCUGUUCACCAUGGAGCCGUCGAGCAGCUCGUAUCGCUGCUGUUCGCAUUCUGUAUGCAGUUCGACCACGCUUUGAUCCUCGCCAUGAAGUACGGACUCUUUCCACUCAUCAUCCGCUUGCGCCAAUCCUCGCCUCGCCGCUCGAGCUUGCACUCUUCCCUCGAAGGAGCCCCGCAACCGUUGGACGGCAUGACCAACGCGUUUCUCGAGCUGUUUGGUCGCAUCCUCUGCUGUCCGCGCGGCGUGAGAUCCUUUCACGAGGCUCGAGCGAAGUAUGCGCCGCGUUUGUCGGAUAUCUUUCUAGUAGAGGAGGAGAAGGCGUUGCUCGACCUUGCCGAAAGACGCCACGAAUUGCUCAUUCGCGCGGAGAGCGAAUGGUCGAGCGUCGCCAAAUGCUGCUACCCAUUGCGGGGGUCCCAUUGCGGUCCUGCCCUUGCGCAGAGGCGUUAUACUGCACGAGUGACUGCCAGCGCGCGCAUUGGAAACUUCACCGAAGGGAAUGCCAAAAUCAAAGGGAUAGACAUUCGACUUCAGGACGUCUACUUCCUUGUCGCAAUCGCUCGCGCGUAUGUCGAGGAGAACUACGGAGACAUUCUCUCGCGCGCAGCGGGAUACACCAUCGCAUGCACGAGCCUUUCAGUCUACCUCCGCCUAGACGCGUCAGGAGUACAGUGCAAUUAUGUCUCCUUGGGCGGCGGCCUUUGGAGGGACGAUUGCUGGCACCCCACCGUCAACCUCAGUCUAAGCUAUGAGCGGAGCGACGGCUUGCACGACCGCAUGAUCAUGCUCACUCCGCGUGCCGCCGCAUCUGCGCGACUCGCGAACGAUGUUAGGCUGCUCACGGAGGCAUUCUAUGAUCCUCCCUUGGACUGCAGUGGCUUGAUGGAUAUCCAGGAGCUCACCGAAUUCAUGACGGACGAGCCCGUUAUGUCGUAG